CAGUAUCUCCCAUCUGCUCCGUAUAAGCAUCUUCCAGUUCACCCGCUGGUCUCCCCUGCUGUGGACUUCUCGUUUCGUAAUAUCUGCAGAAUUCGACCGUCGUGCACAAAUUGCUUCCCACAAACGUCGCAGGAUCUGUUUCACAACUAUGUUGAUCUAUUUGACUUUUCCAAGUUUGGUGGGAUGCCGUAUCCUAUCCUACCGGGAGCACGCCCUCCAUCGCCAUGGUUUGCAGAUCUUCGUUAUACGAUCGUCACUCCUCUACCUCAUACUUAUCCUAAUGUUUACGAGGAAGUGAUUGGGUCGCCAAGGGUGACUGCUGUGAUGAAAGCUGAGGAAGCUAAAAACCCAGAUCUCUCAGUGCACGGGAUAAAGAAGAAAGUUGUGGCAUUCUACUACGAAAUUCGAGCAACUUUGUCACGUUUUAUCUGCAAAAUAUGUGGCUACCUCCUUUUCAAGGUAUUCCGUCGCCUCAUGACUCGCUUAUUAGUCAGUCCGCUGCAGAUGAAGCGAGUUGUUGAAGCGGAGAAUACAGGUAUACCACUUGUAUAUCUACCUCUUCACCGCUCCCAUCUCGAUUAUCUCCUGAUUACUUGGACUGCAUGGCACUUUGGCCUUCGUCUGCCUCACAUCGCUUCUGGCGAUAAUUUAAAUCUCAGCGGUCUAGGAUGGCUUUUGCGUUCUACUGGAGCAUUUUUCAUCCGAAGACGAAGUGAUGAGCAUGAUGAAAGUGGAAAAGACGCCUGUUAUCGGUGGGUCUUCUGUCUAUGUACA